UGAGUCGAACAGAAACUGUAUUUUUUUUACACACUACAAAACCCAGAAUACUGGGCGCUGUCUUACGUCAACCGCAAUCACAGUUGUAUCUCCAACAUGGCGUCGCUGGGAAGGAGGCGCGGUGUCCCAGUAAGCAGGGAGAGGGGUGUGAUGGCGGCGUCAGACUGCUACAUCGUGCACGAGAUCUACAAUGGGGAGAAUGCACAGGACCAGUUUGAGUAUGAGCUGGAGCAGGCGCUGGAGGCCCAGUAUAAAUACAUUGUUAUCGAGCCCACGCGGAUCGGAGAUGAGACGGCCCGUUGGAUUACUGUUGGCAACUGCCUGCACAAGACAGCCGUGUUGUCGGGUGCUGCUUGCCUCCUGACGCCACUUUCGCUGCCUGUCGAGUACACGCGCUAUGUGGCGUUGCCCGCUGGCGCCCUCAGCGUGGCCUGUGCCGCCCUCUAUGGGAUUUCGUGGCAGUUUGACCCCUGCUGCAAGUACCAGGUGGAAUACGACAGCCAAAAACUCUCGCGGCUGCCCCUGCAUACACUGACCUCCUCGACGCCCGUGGUAUUGGUACGCAGGGAUGACAUCCACAGAAAGAGACUCCAUAAUACGAUAGCACUGGCUGCCCUGGCGUAUUGCGCCAAGAAGAUCUACGAACUCUAUGUGGUAUGAGUGCACUCUGAAGAGGAUUUAAGAACCAACAGAAAAAAAAGGAAAAAUGAAACAAAAAAAAAAAAAAA